AUGAGAAGAAAUUUGGCAGAAUUGUAUUUUUGCACAACAUUUUUUGAGGGAGCUUCUAGGCUGAGAGUAGGGUCUUGGAAUAUUGGGACUUUAUCGGGGAAGUCCAUAGAGUUAGUUAAGAUUCAUAAGAAGAGGAGGAUUAAUAUUGCUUGUGUCCAAGAGACUAAAUUGGUUGGACCUAAAGCUAAGGAUGUGGACGGGUACAAGCUUUGGUUCUCGGGUAGGAUGAGGUAUAGGAAUGGGGUAGGGAUCUUAGUAGAUAGUGAGCUUAGAGAUCAGGCGGUAGAGGUUAGGAGGAUCAAUGACAGGAUGAUGGUGAUUAAGUUGGUCGUUGGAGGGUUUACCUUGAACAUUAUAAGUGCUUACGCGCCGCAAGCGGGUAUGUACAAGGAGGAAAAAAGGGGCUUUUGGGAGGACUUGGACUUAGUGGUGGUAAGUAUACCGCCUAUUGAGAAGUUAUUCGUAGGAGGAGAUUUCAAUGGGCACAUUGGGUCUGUUUUGAGGGGUUAUGAUGAUGUGCACGAAGGAUUUGGCUUCGAGGACAGGAACGGUGGAGGAGUCUCACUCCUGGAUUUCGCAAAGGUUUUUAGAUUAGUGGUAGCCAACUCGAGUUUCUACGAAGAAGAAGGAGCACUUGGUAACCUUCCGUAG